UUUGUCCCCAUCGAAAUUGAUGUAACUUGCUAAAUUACACGACCAUCAUUUACAAAAAGUCAAAAAGCGAAAUGGAUUGGAUUGAUUUAGCUGAAAACUGCCGAGCGUGUCAAAUUAAGACUCAGGAGGAGAAUACAAAAAUAUUCAUCUUGAACACAAUGAAGCUCCGGGACAUCUUCAAAGAAACCACAUCCCUGGACAUUCAUGAGAACGAUGGACUUCCCAAAGUAUUAUGCAGUAUCUGCUAUGAUCGCCUCUUGGAAGCCUACAAUUUCCGGAAAAUGUGUUUUGCUGCAGCUCUGCACUUCCAACAGAUUCUGUCAAUGGACAUCCCUGAGGAGAAAUACACCCCACCUGAAUAUUUAACCGAUCCCCUGAUGCCCACAAAGCCAGAUCCUGAUUAUUUGGAUUCGUCAAAUUACCUUCCGGAAGACAAAUAUUCGCCUCCGGAAGAAAAAUUCAACCGCAUGGAAGUACCUGUGACCAUAGACGAAAAAGCUCUUAUGUUUGGUGAGGAAAAUACAGCUGAAGAUAGUAACCAAAUCUCCAGAAAGACCAAAAAGACUGUCAUAAAACGAGAAAAAUCCAAACCACUUUCUAAAAAGAAGACAACUUCUCUUCCGGAAGAUACUAAUCAGAGUGAAAAACGUAAGAAGUUCUAUCUGGAAUGCGAUGUCUGUAAGUUAAAGUUCAUGCGAAAAAAUCGUCUGGAGUGGCACAUGAUGGUUAAGCAUCAGGGAGUGAAGGCUAUCAAAUGUAAGAUCUGUGGACAAGGAUUCACGCUAUAUGACUCAUUGACAGAUCACAUGGGAACCCAACAUGGAGCCAAGAGACAAUUUCCUUGCUUAGAGCCAGGAUGCAAGAAACACUACGAAACCGAGGAAGGACUGCAGAAGCAUAUGAAAAGCUGGCAUGAUCCAGAGAAUCCCAGAAAACCUACUAAGAAAGUAUGGGUUUGUGAGGCUUGUGGGAAGGAGUUCAAGGCAUCCUGCUCCCUCAGAAAACACCGUUAUAGCCAUGGUAUUACCAAACCACAUGCCUGCACGAAGUGUCCAAAACGAUUCCCCACGCGGGAUAAGCUCAGGAUACAUACGAUGCGCCAUGAAGGUAUUAAGAACUAUGAGUGUACGAUUUGUGGGCUGAAGACGGUAACUGCUCGUGAGUUGAAGGUCCAUGUGAAUACUCAUACGAAAGAGAAAACUUUGUCUUGCGAUUUUUGCCCCUAUCAAAACGUUAACUUAGGAAAUAUGAAGAAACACAUGAGGGUGGUUCAUCAGGGAGUAAGGAAUUUCCAUUGUCCGCACUGUGAGAGAUCAUUCGGAAAGGCAGAGACUCUUAAGCAUCAUGUAAUGACGCACACGGGAGAGAAGCCACAUGCCUGCAGUGAAUGCGGAAAGAGAUUCAUCCAACCGACAGCCCUCAAGACUCACAUGAAGACUCAUCUCAAGUCCAAAUGUAGCUUGCUAAAUUACACGACCAUAAUUUACAAAAAGUCAAAAAGCGAAAUGGAUUGGAUUGAUUUAGCCGAAAACUGCCGAGCGUGUCAAAUUAAGACUCAGGAGGAGAAUACAAAAAUAUUCAUCUUCAAUACAAUGAAGCUCCGGGACAUCUUCAAAGAAACCACAUCCCUGGACAUCCAUGAGAACGAUGGACUACCCAAAGUACUAUGCUCUACUUGCUACGAUCGCCUCCUAGAAGCCUACAACUUUCGGAAAAUGUGUUUCGCUUCGGCUCUGCAGUUCCAACAGAUUCUGUCAUUGGAUAUCCCUGAGGAGAAAUACACCCCACCUGAACAUUUAAGUGAUCCCCUGAUGGCUACAAAGCCAGAUCCUGAUGAUUCAAAUUCGUAUUCGGAAGACAAAUAUUCUCCUCCGGAAGAAAAAUACAAUCCUCCUGAACUACCGUUUCAGUUAACUCUGGACGAGAAGCUCAUGGUGGAUGAGGACUAUGCAGCUGAUAAUAGUCUCUUAAUCCCCCGAAAGCCCCGAAAGAUGAAUAAGACAGUGAAAAAGCAAGAAAAACCCGCUAAACCCUCUGAAAAGAAAACCCGUUCCCUUUCGGAAGAUACUGAGCAGCCAGAGAAACGCAAGAAGGUUAAUCAUGAAUGUGAUAUCUGCCAUAAGAAGUUUAACCGAAAAGACUAUCUAAAACACCACUUUAUGAGUAAGCAUAAGGGAGUGAAAGCCUUUAAGUGUCAAAUCUGUGAGAAGAGGCUCACGCGUCUUGACUCAUUAACGGGGCACAUGGCGACCCAGCACGGGGCCAAGAGGAAGUUUCCAUGUUUGGAGGCAGGGUGUCAACAACAUUAUGAAACGGAAGAAGGUCUCCAGAAGCAUAUGAAAAUUUGGCAUGAUCCAGAGAAUCCCAAAACUCGAGUACCUAAAAUAGUAAUAAAGAUCUGUGAGACUUGCGGGAAGCAGUUUAAGACACCAGCUGCUCUUAAGAUACACAGCUACACCCAUGGAAUUACCAAGCCAUUCACCUGCACACAGUGUCCAAGGCGAUUCAGCACGAAAGAACAGCUCAAAGCACAUACAAUGCGGCACAAAGGCAUUAAGAACUUUGAGUGUAAGAUUUGUGGACUGAAGAAGGUAACGGCUAGUGAACUGAAGAUCCACGUGAAUACUCAUACGAAAGAGAAAAUUUUGUCAUGCGAAUUCUGUCCCUAUCAAAAUGUGAACUUGGGGAAUAUGAAGAAACACGUGAAGGUAGUUCAUCAAGGAGUAAAGGAUUACCAUUGUCCGCAUUGCGAUAAAUCCUUCGGAAAACCAGAUACCCUUAAGCAUCACGUAAUGAUCCACACAGGAGAGAAGCCACAUGCCUGCAGCGAAUGCGGGAAAAGAUUUAUCCAACCAAUAGCCCUCAAGACUCACAUGAAGACUCAUCUCAAGUAUAAAGUUCAGUCCAAGUGAGAUCGUAAUCAAAUUUCAUGAUUAUAAAGUACCAACAGAAUUUCGUCAAGUUUGUGGUAAUUGUCUGUUAAAGA